GCGCGGACGGGCAGGGCAAGCAAGCCACCAAGCGGCGGGAGAGACGAGAACAGUAGUAGAAGGAGACCGUCACAGGAACGCAGACACGCACACACACACGCACGCCAGUGUCUCUCUCUCUCUCUCUCUCUCUCUGUCUGGAAGGAAGGAAGGAACCAGCUCUUGGGCCUGUCAUUGCAACCCAGAAACAUCUUUACGGAGACCCGUGAGCAAGGAUCUUUCCUGAACGCCCGCCACUGCUAAGUUGUGCCCAUUUUUGAGAAAACCAUCCAAAAACGUACCAACCAUGCAUAAACUGUGCCUGCUAUCUCUCCUUCUUGCAGCUGUUGCAGUAUCUUCAGCACAGAAGAUUCGCCUGUUCUCCCCCACCAGUGUGAGGUCUCGACCGUUCAACAUCCACCAGUUCAACACCCUUCAAUCGCCUCUGGGUCGCUUCCAGGGCAAUGCCCUAGGAAUGUUCCCGGGUAGCAACUACAUCAACCUGCCACCCCAGCUACCUUUGGCCUACCCAGUCAACAGAGUUUUUGGAGGCCGCAGACGUUUACCGGAUGGGGAAUACCGCACGGCGUAUGGCAUUGCCAGUGUCGACGGAAGUGACGUCAACAUGGAUUCAUAUUAAUUAAUCCUACCAGUUUCAUGUCAUCGUCAUAAUUUAUGCAAAGAUCGAAAGCUCCACUGCUAUCUGUUUCUUAUUGUAUGAUAUCAAUUGGGCUGGCAUGCGACAAUGUUAUGUUAAUUUUAAUCUAAGUAAAAAUGUGGCCAACAUCUUAAUGCCACUACCGAAGAAGUACAUCCCCUUCCUCCAAUCGAACGUUUUACCUCAUAUUUGAAUUCUUUACUUAAUUGAAGUCUGUUGUCGAUAAUGCUGUUGCAACGAAAAAAGAAAACAUCGAAAGAAGUCACUGCUUACAUUGACGUGUACCCUUCAAGCUAGAUUUGAACCAAAAACGCUUGGAAUGUCAGCAUAAACGCACCGAGGACAUAACCAGAAGUCUCAAUCAUUAUUUUUCGGAAGGGAAACUGAGAAAUAUUUAUACCUAUAAAAUGCCCCCCAACCCCCCCUUCCCUAAAAAAAAUGUUUUCUGAAAAGACAUUUUUAUUGCAUUAAUAUUAAUACGGCUGGCAGUGCUUUGAUUACCACGAAGAGUUAUUUUUAACACACCGACUCAAUAAAUCGAUUAAUCGGUAUCUGACUCGAUCAAUUAAUUAUUCUACUGGUUUAACAAAGGAUUUAGUUCCAGCA